UAUAACUUGAGUUUUUCUGUGGAUCCUUGGAGCAAUGACAAUGGGAAGAAGAUUUAUUCCUGGGGAAGCAUGAAAAUGUACCUUUAUCUGUUGCUAUAUUCUACAUAGAAUGGAAAUUUGAUAAUCCAAAUGGAAUCUGUCAUUGUGCAUGACCUAUAAAGACAUACUAAAAAACAGCAACAUUUGGUUGAUUUAGUAGAAGAAUAGAAGCCAAUUUUUGAUCAUUUCAAACUUUGAAUUGGUUGUCUAUUUGGUUGUUGUCUAUUUGAGGCUUUACCAUUCUAUUCUAUAUGAAUAUGAGUUCUAAAUGAAAUAUCAUUUAUUAAAAAAAAAUCCUUCGUUAUAUACUUUAAAUAUAUAAUUUUCCUCUUUUUCUUUUGGACCCUUCCUGCUAUUGACCAUCACAAUCCACCCGAUAUAACAAACCACUGAAAGUCUAUCACCAAUACAGAGGCACAAACACAUGGAUUCUAUCAAUUUCGUCAAAGGCUACAACAAAGUAAACCACCCCCAUGGCCAUGGCCAUGACAAUCAAUCUCCACGAAAACGCCGCACCAUCUCUGCCGUCAUCGGUACCGUCUCCGCCAUCUCAGCCAUCUUAAUCAUCGGUUUUAUGGUUGCAGUAAUUAUGCGUCAUGAAUCUAGCACAAACACUCGGCCACCCGCCUCACCGUCACUCUCCUUGAACUCCACCGCCUCGAUCAAGACAGUUUGUAGCGUGACUAAGUACCCUGACUCAUGCUUCACCUCCAUAUCUUCCCUCAACCUCUCAAAUAACUCCGACCCAGAAAUCAUCUUCAAGCUGUCCCUUCAAGUCAGCAUCAAAGAGCUCUCAAAUCUCACAUCUUUCCUCAAAUCUCUUAACGGUGUUCACUCUGAACCUGCUUUGCAAGAUUGCAUGUCUCAGUUUGAAGACGCUCUGACUCGACUCAACGACACGGUGUCUGAGAUGGAGGUGGGCUCCGGAGAGAAGAUGUUGAUGGAGAGGAAGAUCAGCGAUAUGCAGACAUGGAUUAGUGGUGCCAUGACGGAUGAAGAUACUUGCCUUGAUGGGUUGGAGGAGAUGGGAUCCAAGGUCUUCGAUGAAAUGAAGACUAAAAUGCAGAAGUCAAAGGAGCUGCUGAGCAACAGCUUGGCUAUUAUUGCCAACAUCCAGACUCUUCUUCAGAAGGUCGGUCUUACUAUGCAUUGACCAAUUCCAAAUCAAAUACCAAUUUCUGGGUUGUUUUGUUUUUGAAUAUUUUGUGUGUAUAGUAUGUGUAUAUGUGGAAUUGAAAUUUCUGCUGCUCUUUAUCAUGUAAAGCUCUUAAAUGAAUAAUUGUACUGAUUUACUGUCGGCUUCUUCCUAA